CAUUGCAAACACAACCUAUUCUCUCACAACCCUUCAAUCCAAGCCCUUCAUAUUCUCUCUCUAUCUAUCUAUCUCUCUCUCUCUCUCUCUCUCACCAUGGUUCUCUCCAAGACAGCCUCGGAGAGUGAUGUUUCGGUGCACUCCACCUUUGCAUCCCGUUACGUUCGUACAUCGCUCCCCAGGUUUAAGAUGCCGGAGAAUUCUAUCCCGAAAGAAGCUGCAUAUCAGAUCAUCAACGAUGAACUGAUGUUGGACGGUAAUCCUCGUCUUAAUCUAGCUUCUUUCGUGACCACAUGGAUGGAGCCGGAGUGCGAUAAGCUGAUCAUGGCCGCAAUUAACAAGAACUAUGUGGACAUGGAUGAGUAUCCGGUCACGACCGAGCUUCAGAAUCGAUGUGUAAACAUGAUUGCACAUCUCUUUAAUGCCCCUCUUGGAGAUUCGGAGACCGCGAUCGGAGUUGGGACCGUCGGAUCAUCAGAAGCGAUCAUGUUGGCUGGAUUGGCAUUCAAGAGGAGAUGGCAAAACAAGCGAAGGGCCGAGGGGAAGCCCUGCGACAAGCCCAACAUUGUCACUGGUGCCAAUGUUCAGGUUUGCUGGGAGAAAUUCGCGCGAUACUUCGAAGUUGAAUUGAAGGAGGUGAAGCUAAGGGAAGGCUAUUAUGUAAUGGACCCCGCGAAGGCGGUCGAGAUGGUGGAUGAGAACACCAUAUGUGUGGCUGCGAUCUUGGGUUCGACACUCAACGGUGAAUUUGAGGAUGUGAAGCUCUUGAAUGAUCUCUUGGUGGAGAAGAACAAGGAAACUGGAUGGGACACUCCGAUCCAUGUGGAUGCUGCGAGCGGUGGGUUCAUCGCGCCUUUCUUGUAUCCGGAGCUGGAGUGGGAUUUCCGUCUGCCGUUGGUGAAGAGCAUCAACGUCAGCGGACACAAAUACGGGCUCGUCUAUGCCGGAAUCGGGUGGGUCAUCUGGAGGAACAAGGAAGACUUGCCUGAGGAACUCAUCUUCCACAUCAACUACCUUGGAGCUGAUCAACCAACAUUCACCCUCAAUUUCUCCAAAGGUUCCAGCCAAGUCAUUGCUCAGUACUAUCAACUGAUUCGCUUGGGUUAUGAGGGAUACCAAAACAUAAUGGAGAACUGCCGGGAGAACGCGCUGGUGCUGAAGGCAGGACUCGAGAAGACGGGCCGUUUUAACAUUGUCUCGAAAGAUAACGGCGUUCCGUUAGUGGCCUUCUCACUCAAGGACAACAGCCGACACGAUGAGUUCGAAGUAUCGGACUACCUCCGGCGUUUCGGUUGGAUCGUACCGGCCUACACCAUGCCACCUGACGCCCAGCACGUGACCGUCCUACGUGUCGUCAUCCGAGAGGACUUCAGCCGCACGCUCGCCGAGCGCCUCGUGCUGGACAUCCAGAAGGUCCUGAACGAGCUCGACGCGCUGCCGUCUAAACUGACGUCCAAAGUCUCCGUCACGUGCGAGGAGAAGAAGGGGAGUAACGGGACCGUUAUCGUUAAGAAGACGGCGUUAGAGACGCAAAAGGAGAUAACGACCGUUUGGAAGAAGUUCGUUAUGCAGAGAAAAACUAACGGCGUAUGUUAGAGUCGACCGCUGACGUGUCUUAAUUAUGACUUAUUAAUUAUUUUUU